CAGUGAUGUAAUGUUCUCAAGUUGCAGCAACACACUGACGGCAAUACAGAGGCUGAAGUGAAGUUCUACAUCUAAGCCUGGUCACUUAGUGCAACUGAAGCCAUUCCAUAUCCUCUUUACGGUAUGAAAAGGAGGUAGUUUGGACCAGCAACCCAAGAGAUGCUGCUGGGCCCACUGAGUUUCUGCAGUGCUUUGUUUUUGAAUUGUUUUGAGAAACCCCCCUUGGAUAAAUGGAGCAGUGAGGUACUGGUGACAGUGUUUCAAUGGUGAUGUCGAGGUUUACACGUAAUUCAGGUUGAAGGAAUGGUCGACAGGAAUUUCACCUUGGUAGCGCCCAUUGCCAUCCAAAGCAGUGUCUGCAGAUCGCCCUUUUGGGGAAAAUCACAUCAGACUCAAAAUUGGGAAGGACAUAUGCAUGAAGAUGAGGUGACACCCUGAGCACUAAUGAAGCAGGCAAGGGAGAGCAGCUUAUUGCCUGUGUCUGAGGCAAGGGCAGUAUCUGCCUCAGGAUUCCAUCUGAACACCUUGUGUUUACUGCCCCAGUCACCGUCUACCUCAGCACUGUCAGAUGAAUACUCCACACCAGCAGUGAUGGGCCAGACUGCAGUGCACCCAGGCCAACCCUCAAACAAUCCAGAAGCCAUCAAAGAGAUCCUGAGCUCUGUAUUGGACACCUUUGAUGGCUUCAAACCUCCUCUCACAGAGAACUGUACAGCCAUUACAAGGCUAUCUUCAUUGACUGUGUUUCAAGAUGGAGCUUCGAAGGAUCUUUGGGACAGUCGUGGUAAAGGUGAAGAACAGCGGCACUGUGUGGAGAUUGCUAUGAUGACCUGUCAAGGUGAUUCAUGCAGCAGUAGUUCAUCACUGACUCACUCUCCUGAAAAGUCCUCAAGUCGUAUUAUAUUCAACCCUUUCAGCAAACUCUUGACCUCUGUACAGUCUACAGCUUCCAGGCACAUGAGCUUCACAGGAACUUCACCUGCAGUGUCUAAGGCCAAAGAACCCCAUUAUCAACGCUCUCAGUCAGACUCAAACAUCCAUCCAGAGAGAGCACGACAUGGGCCAAAUAACAGACCGGAGACUAUUGUGUACACGAGUUAUCUCUCCAACCCUAGUUUCAGUGCAAGUAGAGCUCAGGAAAGGGAGAACACUCACCUGGUGGUAGCUGACAUGGUAAUCUCUGCGCUGGAGAAUGUGAAGAGUAAUAUGUAUGAACAAGCAGAGCUUCUGGAAGACUGCAGCUUGGCGAUUGUCCAAACCCCAGUAGAUGAGAUGAGCACCUGUAUUAAGAAGGAAGCCCAUUCCAACUCUGUGAACUCUGUAGAUAGUGGUUAUGAAUGUGGCUCUGCUACCCAGUUGGAUGAUUGCUCUGAUGCUGGCUCCAAGUCUCUACUCGAAGACAAACAAAAUGGUGAUGCUGUUGGUGCUGAUGCCGAUGAUUAUGAUGAUUUUGUGAUAAUAGAAUUUGAUGACAUCAUUUUUGGUUCUGAUGGCCCAUUAAAAUCGAUAGAAAGGCACUGCUUAUCUGCUGAAUAUUUGGCUCGCCGACUGUUUAAAUCUUUCAGAGUGACCUGGUUGCCCCCAGAGACUGAAGUGCAUCACUUUGACACAGUGGAGAAGGUGUUGGAUGAGUUUCUCCCUCUGAAGGACACUUUGCCUGGUGCGGAGGAAUCUGUAGAUCUGACACCAGAGUUCAAGUUAAAUUCCCGAUUGAGGGGGACUGCAGACUGGGCCCCACCUCGCUUUCAAAUUCUGUUCUUCAUCCAUGCACCACAGAGGAGAGAAACUGUUGUAGCUGCUCAGAAUUCCAUGUGUGCUGGCUGCGGAACUCCAAUCGAGCAGAAAUACAUCAAAAAGCUCCGUUACUGUGAUUACUUGGGGAAGUAUUUCUGUGAGUGCUGUCACCACAAUGAGGAAUCGCCAAUCCCUGGCCGAAUCCUAAUGAAGUGGGAUUUCAGCAAGCAUCCAGUCUGCCAUUUCUCCAAACAGCUGCUGGAAAGUAUAUGGCAUGACCCACUGUUCAACAUUUUCUACAUCAACAAGUCCCUCUACAGCAAAGUGAAGGAACUGAGAAAAGCCAAGGAAAUUCAAGAACAGUUGAUACACAUCAAAAAGCUGCUAAGAACCUGCAGACUGGCUGAAAGAGCCAUGAUAGAGUUCUAUCGGAUAUGUUCCCACCUGACCGAGGAGCUCCACCUUUACUCGUUGAAUGACCUGUUGAUGGUGAAGCAGGGCCUGCUGGUUCCAGGCCUGAAAGAUGCCCUCAAGAAUGUCCUCGUUCACGUGGAAAGUUGUGAGUUAUGUCUGGCCAAGGGCUUCAUCUGUGAGUUUUGCAAGAGCAGAGAUGUUCUCUUCCCUUUUCAGACAGACCAAUGCAAACGAUGUGAUGAAUGCAAAGCCUGCUUUCAUAAAGAAUGCUUCAAAACUGAACAAUGUCCCAAGUGUAUACGGAUUCGCGCACGGAAAGAACUACUCCUGGCUUUCCAGCAGCCAGGAACAUGAGCGAUGUGCUGGGCAUUACGGUGGAUAUCGUCUGGGAACGGGUCAAUUUCAAUUUUAAAAAGCAUAAAUGUAAUGCCAGCUCCCACUUACUUUUUAGAAAAAAAAAAGUUGAACAGAGUAAUGACGUCUGGAACGUCCACUCGUUUUGUUUUUGAAGUAUCUAGCAAUAAGAACGAAACUACUCUGGUAUUGUUGCCUCAGUGAUACCAUUAAUAACCACUCCUUUUAGAAGUAUUGGGUUUUUUGCACUAGGGAAGGUUAUUUUGUUAUCAACUGAAAAUAACAAUUAGAUUAAAUGUUCAUGAAUCAUGAGGAUAUUUCAUGAAGUCUGAGCUAUUUGCCCUUCUAAUGGUUUUGUAACGUUCAGACUGGAGGCAAAAUUUUUUAUAUUUUUACUUUGUGUAGAAGCUUUAGAACCUUUGUUUAAAAAGUUUUUUGCAUGUUGUAAUGUUAAGAGAACAUUUUAUGCAGUGGUGUGAAGCAGACGAGUAUUUAUUUAAAUCUCAAUUUUGGUAUUCUGCCCUGCUUUUGUGAACUUUUUUUUGGUGGGGGGAUAACAUGUAAAAUUUUGAUAUAAAAUAGGAAGGUUUAAAAAAAAAAUUGUCCUCCUUCCCACCAAAAAAAUUUAAGUAUCAGAGACAAAUUAUCGCUGCUCAGAUGACCUUUAGAAUUAUUGAAUGCUAAAAAUGUUGCCAUGGUGCUAACGUAUUGUCCCUGUUGUGUUUAAUUUUCUUCUUGUUCUCUUCAAUAUGGAGGUUCAUGUCAGGAUUCAGAAAUGAAGGUUUUAUUUGGCAAUUGUUAACACCAUUAGCAAAUAUUACAGCACUUAAAUUCUUCAGAGCUAGUUUAAAAAAAAUCAUGUAGAAUCUCUUAAUUGCUGAAUUGUUGCACAAACUUGUGUAAGUGAGAAGCAAAGUAUGUUUUUCAUAUCUUUAAUUUAUUUUUGGGCUAUUUAUGGAAGUUGAAAUGUAACCUUUACCCCUCCUCUGAAACUUGCCAUAUACUCCAAAAGAAUCUAUUUAACCUUUUUUGCUUAGAAAAUUAAUAUUGGUUCAAAAUGUAUUAUUCAAGUUUGUGUUCAUCUUGGCAAAAUUCCCAGUGGGUAUGUUAAUUUCUUGUCUCACUUAAAAUAUUGUGUGAAAGGAUUGUAGUUUCAAACUUUUCACUUGUAAAAGUGCAUAGGAUCCUUUCACCCUCGUUCAUGUGACUAAAUAUUGAUCAUACUUUUUAAGACUUUAAAAUAUAUUUUAAGGAAACCUAUGAUGUAAAUGCUAUAAAAUGCAACAUAAUUGUAUUUUGCAAAUCUUCUAGGAUCAUAUGAUGUCCUCAUGCACUUUUUUAAAAAAAAAAAAUUCUUGUGGACACAUUGUAAAUUCAAGUGAAUGGAUUUAACAACUGCAAGGGCCUGCCUCAAAGCAUCUAAGAUUUGUUUGUUUUCUCGCAGUUAAAGGGCAACAUCAUUUAAACCAAGUUUACCUACCACUUUUUUUAAAAAGUGGAGAUUCCUUUUAAAAACGUUACUCUGGGAAGGGUCAGUGUAAAGAAAACUUAGACCCUCAACUACCAAGUCUGCUCUUUUGUAUUAUUAAACAAAGUAUCCUUGAAAUUCUGCUUUGCAAAUCUUGACUACAAAUAUUUAUGAAAUUGCUUUAUCCACCGUUUUAAUGGGGAUGUUCAACUGUUUAAAAUGGACUCCCUAUUUAAAAAGGCAGAAUAAGGGAAUUUUAUUUCUACAUAUUAAAUAUUUGGAAACUAAUAUUUCCACGGCAUGAUUUCAAGGGAGUCUGCUCUAUGGACGUAGCAUUAGUGAUUUUUGUGAAAAAUAUUUUGUCAUUUGUGUCGCUCCCUACAUUUCCAAUGGCUACUGAUUCCAUGACUUGAGGCUUGACCUUUGCUAGGAUACAAAUGAUUAACCUCAUUUACGUGGUGCACCCAGGAAGAAAGAUGAUCUAAAUUUUGAUUAUUUCUGUAUCCCAAACUGACUUCUCCCCCUUCAUUCUCUCAAUUGUUUAGCAGAAUGCAAUUUUUGCUUAAUCAUAUCAAUGUGAAGAUUGCACUGAGCUUCACUGCAUUUCUCCAACUUCUGUGUUCAGUAUGCAUUUCCCUUAAAGAUUUGGGUCACGUUUUGCUGUGCAUGACAUCUUCAAAACAUGAUCCAACAACUCACUCACUGUGCAGAACUUAAAAUAGCAUUUUUAGGAACUGAUCUUCCCCAUAGUUCAGUCCAAAAUAGACAGUUUAACGCCACUGCACUUUUAUGCGUAGACCAAGUCUAGAACAAAUAGAACAACUGAGGUCACAAGGUAAAUGUUAUCAUCAAUAAAACAGAACAGCCUGCUGUUUUGUGCCUAUGGUGUGAAAUAAAAUCACCAGCAGGCCUCCAUGAGUGGUUGCUACUGAAUAUAGCCAUCAUUUUCUCCACUAUUGUCAUAAAAUGAAAACUUGUAAAACAAUAAUCUUGCUUUGAUAAUCCCUUUUUAAAAAUGUCUUCACCAAUGUAGGGAGUAUUUUCUCUUCACUUGGGAGACCAGGGACUGUAAGUACGUUCCACAUCAGGUAUCCUUGCCCCAAAACAUUGUCCUCUUUGUAGUCUGAUUUGUGGCUAGCUGCUAUCAUAGCGCUUAAGGAUCGGAAUCCUUUCCAGUCCUGGAUACUUGUUACAGUACAAAAUGGAAAUCUGUUAUAAACCUUUUUCCCCCUCAAAAUGGUAUUCCUGUACUGGGAAUUCAACUCCCCUAUGGCAGCAAUUAUUCAUAGAUUGGUGAAUAAAUGCAUAAUCUUGAGCAACCGGCAUACGGGACCUAAUUGGCUGGUGUGCAAAAUACUAUUGCACAAUGAAGUUGCAUUUCUUUUAUUUUUACAUGAUUUCUGGCUUUAAUGAUUGUGGCAUGUAAGGAGCACAGUGCUGGCAAUGCAUUAUAUAAUGCCACAAAGCAAACAAUGUCUUUGUACCUUCAGUCUUGUUUUUAAGUGCCACUGUUUUUGUAGGGAGAGGAAUCAAAGUAGUAUUUGGACUGGAAGAAAUCAAUCCCUACUUUCCCAGUUGCAAACUGCAGAACAAAAUGGGAAUAAGAUUUUAAAGCCAUGCCCUUGUGGGUUAUGUAAUAGUUCCCAUAACAAAGGGUUAAAUGUGCCAGGUAAUUGUUCAGACAGGCACUGACCAGAUUGGAGCAAUAUUUCCAUCAUACAAUGUAACUGUCUUUGGAAGAAGUGAAGAAACAUUUUGUCUUUUGAGGGGAGUGGGGUGAAGUAAGAGGAGAAAUUCAACUUGCUGGAAAUUUUUGAAUGAUGGCAUUGAAUUGUAUUAUUGAAGUAUUCCUUGAUCCUUGCGAGGGAUAAUACCAUGCUCUGCCAAAUAUAACAGUUCAAUUCCAAGUACAAUCCUUUUUUCUUUGUUCCAUGUUCUCCAAUCUCAGCAGAACAAUCAAUAGAUCAGGAAAAGGAGACCUGAAAACUCCGAUAUUAUAAGCAGUAACCCAUUUUCAGCAAACUAAUCAGAAGAUCGAAGGUGAAAAUAUGCUAAGUCAUUCCCAGAGCUGCAAAGAGGAUGUAAUUAACCAAUUGAAUCAAAGGCAUUCAUAUGUAAACUGUGUACCAAUUUGAAUCCCUAUUGUUAGGUACCAAUGAUCUUAACAUUUUACUCUUGCUGGUUGCAUCACGUACUAAGAUGUAGUACAGUUUAAGCUUAGUUCUGGCUUGAAUGAAAAGUGGAAGAGUAUUUUACACCGACUAUUCUCCAAUAUCUAAUGUUCUCUUUUAUGCCACUUUCUGCAGGAGACUAUGCAUUUUAAAGAAAAAUUGCAAGUAUUAAAUAUUGUGAAUAAUUGUUUUGUUAUAAUUUGAGGCCCUGAUAUUUUUUUCUUGAAGAAAAUAACUUUGACACAUUUGUGUAUAGUCUAUUUGCACUUGUAUUUUCAAAAAUCCAUUUCACACGAACAUUGUGUUCUCCCUGUGUAUGUGUGGUAUAAUAAAAUAAGAUUAUUUCAACA